UCAUCCCAUCCCCACCACCGCUUCCUUCCACCACCUCCGGCCCCCCAAAACGCCAAAACCCAAACCCCACUCCGCGAAGAGGAAGAAGGAGAAGCGGCCGCAAUGCUGGAGUCGGCGAUCCCUGCUCUGCUGAGCACCGUGCACGGCUGGUUCACCCCGGCCGUGCUGUUCGUCGUCCUCAACAUCGUCAUCGGCACCAUCGCCGUCACCUCCAAGGUCGCUGCCGCGUCGGGGAGCAGAGAUGGGGCUGCGGCUGGGUCUGGUGCUGGCGCUGGCGCUGGCGGCGAGAAGCGGGGCCUGUCCCGCGUGCCGUCGAUGGCGCUCGACCGUCUCCGUUCCUUCAACCUGUCCUCCUUCGCCGCCCCCGCCCCGGAGCCCGCGGUGACCGGAGUUCUGGAUCUGGGGCUCGACGAGCAAAUCCCGGCGCUCGAGACGGAUGAUGAGGGCGAGCCUGAGCACGCGCCCAUGGAGAGGAGCAUGUCCGAGGCGGCGGCGGAGGCUGAGCUGCCGCGUCUGCCGGCGCGGCUGCGCAAGUCGGCCAGCGAGAAGUCCGCGUUCGCCCACUUCGUCGCCGAGGAGGACACCGAGACCGUGGAGGCGCGCAGGCCGGCGACAACCAGGGACGCGGGGCGCCGUCGCACCCUCGCUGCGGAGCCCGAGGAGCCUGCUUGGGAGGAGGAGAUAGAGGAGGCCGCAGCAGAGGUGGACGCGCGCGCCGACGACUUCAUCAACAAGUUCCGCCACCAGCUGAAGCUGCAGCGCAUCGACUCCUUCAUCCGCUACAGGGACACGCUCCGCCGCGGUCAGCAGGCAGCCACGGCGGGCGCCGAGCAGUAGAGCGAAUCCGGAGGAAUCCAGGGGCGAGACGCAAGAACGAGAAGAAAUGUGGGGAUGAGGAGGAGACGGUAGUUUCGUCCUUCCUUCCUUCAUUCCCCUUCUGUUUUUGCUCUUUCCUUUCCCGUGGAUGCGAGUAGUAUAAUCUAG